AUGGUCAAUGUUCCACAAAUAGCCGAAAUGGCAAUGAAUCCUGGUGCAAUGUCUAAUCAUACAUUGAUGGAAUUGUUUACAAACGCCAAUGAUAUUGUUAAUUCAACCGGUGCUGAUAGUGUUUUAUUGGAAAUUGAUGAUCAUGCAAACAAGAAUAAUAACAACAGUAUCAAAGUAUUGGCCGUUGCUAAACCAGAUGUUCCAAGCCAUGAAGAUUUAAUGAAAAAAUUUAAUCUUUAUUUUGUAAAUUUUACUGAAAGUCCAAUUUCAUUUAUCAAUGAUGAUCAUCAUACGAAAACAGUGUCAACAACAUCCAAACCUAUUCCAUAUAGUCAGCAAACUUAUUGGCAGAUAUUUGUCGAUUUUCUACGUAAUCAAGCUAAUGCUGUAAUUGGUGCCAUGAUGAUACCGAUUAAUGUUAGUAUGAAUGCAAUACAAAAAUCAACCCAAACACAUGCUGAAUAUGUUAUGGCUGGAUCAUCAUUAGGUUCAGUAAUAUCAGCACCGGUUAUAUUGAAAUCAAUUUCAAUACCGAAUAUAAUAUCACAACAUAUUGUCGAUGUGGCAUCAAAUCAAGUGAAUAAUCUUGAAACAUUUAAUGAACAAACAAAAUUAAUGGCUGAUAAUGGUAUAAAAACUUUUGCCAAUGGUCUGAAUAAUGGUACACAAAUUGUAUCGAAUGUUACCUCACAUUAUGUUAUCCGUCCUAUUGGCGCAUUUACUGGAUUCAAUUUAAAUCGUACUGGUCAUCAUAUCAAUAAUAUUGGACAAUCAUUUGCCAAUACUGGACUUAAUAUUCAUUUAUUUGGUGAACGUGUUGGUUCGAAUGCCGAAAAAUUGGUUAGUGCUGGUGCCACGGCUAUUGUUUGGGGCUUGGAUAAUACUGUUAAAUUUUGACCAUCACGCACGUCUUAAAAGUUCAUCAGCGAGUAAAAACAAAUGACCAAAAUUAAGAAUCAAUCAGCCAAAUUAUCAGACUUAUCAUUUGUCUAUAAUUUUUUUUUAUAUUGUUGAUGUCAUCUUUGUUCGUUUUUUUUCGUUUAUAAUUUUUCCACACUACAUUCACUUGUCAUUAUUUUUGUUUAUGGAAUUCUUUCAUGUGUUUUUUUUCAUCAAAUGUGAUAAAUAAAUUAUACCAUGUUUAAAAAAAAUGACGAUAAAGAAAUGUUUCCGGAAUAAAUGUAUUUAAUUUAUUGUUGUCAUCAUUAUUUAAUGAUGAUGAUGAUGAUG